AUGGCUUCCUUUGAAUGCUCUAAUCUCAAAAGAAUUCAAAAACAUCAACGCAUAAUCAAAAAAAGAAAUGCAAAAAAUUCAAUCGCACCAUCAAAAACAGAUAAACUUUUAUUUCCAGAAUACCUCGAUUCAUCGUUGUCGCUUACCGGAACAAUUUCACCCGAGUCAAAAGAUAUCAAUCUUUUCACCUCUGAUUCGCCUAAAAUUAGCUAUCAAACCAAUGAUCCCACAGCUCAAUCACAUCAUUCUGAGAAAGUACAAUUUUCUAUGACUAACCAAACGACGUCGCCAAUUUCUCUAGAUGACAUUAUUUCUCUAGAUGACAUUAUAACGUCGAUUAUAAUGCGAGGCCUCACUUGGUGUCUUCUAUUACUAACUCAGUUGGAAUCAAUGAUUUUAUUUCACUGGCGACAACCUUAUAUUUCAUUAUUAAUUUGGGCAAUUUCCUGCGUUCUUGUCUAUUGGUUUGAUAAUUAUGAUAAACUACAGAAAAAGCUUGGUACUCAAAUGCUUCGAGAAAAUCGAAGCAAAGAAAUAAAUUAA